AUGAAACGAACAAAUAAACGAUACAGAAUCGCAAUAGAUCGCGGAGGAACGUUCACUGACGUUAUUGCUAAUAAAGGCAGUGGUAAGCCAGAAGAUGACUUGGUAUUCAAGUUGUUAUCUGUUGACCCCAAGAAUUAUAAUGAUGCACCAUUAGAAGGCAUUAGGCGUGUGUUGGAGAUCUUCGAAAAUAAGAAAAUACCUCGAGGUGAGGUACUAGAUAUCUCAAAUGUCGCAAGUAUUCGUAUGGGAACUACAUUGGCUACAAAUUGUGCUCUUGAGAGGAAUGGGGAACCAUGUGCAUUCAUUACUACAAAGGGUUUCAAAGAUUCUCUAUUAAUCGGAGACCAGACAAGACCAAAAAUUUUUGAUUUAAAUAUUAAGAAAUCUAAACCAUUAUAUGAGACAGUUGUCGAAAUCGACGAAAGGGUAACGUUAGAAGAUUACUCAGAACAGUCACCAUUUUAUAAAAGUACUCCAAAUGGGAAAAAGUGUACUUAUGAAGGGAAGAGUGGAGAAAUUGUUCGAGUGAUAAAAGCUCCAAAUGAAAUCGAAGUUAAAAAAGCACUGAACAGUAUUUUGAGAAAAGGCAUAAAAUCAGUAGCGAUUGCAUUUACCCAUUCAUAUACAUAUCCAUUUCACGAACAAAUGGUAGGGAAAAUUGCUGAAGAAAUGGGCUUUACACACAUUUCUUUAUCAUCGGAGGUUUCACCUAUGAUCAAAUUUUUGCCUAGAGCUCAUAGUUCUGUUGCUGAUGCUUAUUUGACACCUGUAAUAAAAAAAUAUUUAAAUAGUAUAUCUCAGGGUCUUACGAACUCUUCUAACACAAGUAUUCAGUUUAUGCAAUCUGAUGGUGGUUUGGUCGAAGGAUCCAAAUUUUCAGGGUUACGGUCAAUUCUUUCGGGUCCAGCAGGAGGUGUUGUUGGCUAUUCGAGAACAUGUUUUGAUGAGACGAACAACACUCCACUAAUUGGAUUUGAUAUGGGUGGUACCUCUACAGACAUAAGCAGAUACGGUGAAGGAAAGCUUGAGCAUAUUUUCGAAACUAAAACCGCUGGCAUUAUAAUACAAUCUCCCCAACUAGAUAUCAACACUGUUGCUGCAGGUGGCAGUUCUAUUUUAUCAUGGGAAAAUGGUUUAUUCAAAGUUGGACCGAAUUCAGCCACAGCUGACCCUGGGCCUGCAUGUUACAGAAAGGGAGGCCCAUUAACAAUAACUGAUGCAAAUCUUUUUCUAGGAAGACUAGUGCCCCAGCUAUUUCCUCAUAUUUUUGGACCGAAUGAGGAUGAACCCCUUGAUUUAGACAUCACUGCUAAAAAGUUUAAUGAAUUAACAUGCGUUAUUAACAAAGACUUGAAGUCUAACUUGUCUCCGGAGGAGGUUGCAUGUGGAUUUUUAGAGGUUGCAAAUGAAGGAAUUGCUCGUCCUAUUAGAGCCCUAACUGAGGCCAAAGGUUUCAAUGUUUCCAAACAUACACUUGUUUCGUUUGGAGGUGCAGGUGGACAACACGCUGUCUCUGUCGCAAACUCCCUCGGAAUUGACAAUGUAAUUAUCCACAGAUACUCCUCGAUUUUAUCCGCAUACGGUAUAUACCUGGCUGAUGUUGUAGAAGACCAUCAAGAACCAUGCUCUAUAAUUUUGAACAAUGCAAACAAAAUCUAUGAAAUAGAACAUAUUUUCAAGAAGCUAACAUUGAAGUCUGUUUUGGAGCUUAAGAAAGUAGGGUUUUCGGAUAAAGACAUCGAGAUAGAGAGAUAUUUGAAUUUAAGAUACGAAGGUACAGAAACUGCUUUAAUGAUUCAUCAAAACAGUAACAAAUGGAAUUUUGAAGAAGCAUUCACCGAAAAUCAUAAGAGAGAGUUCGGAUUCGUCUUUACAAAUAAGAAUAUUAUAAUAGAUGAUAUACGUGUUAGAUGUAUCGGUAAAUCCAAUAUUAGUGUGCAGGAAUCUAUUUCACAACAAUUAAGCAAUUUAACUAACCUUGAUUUAACGAACCCCAAUAAAAGCUGUAGUUUCCAACAAGAAGUUUAUUUUAAAGAUAAAUACGAAAAAGUACCAAUCUGUGUUAUAGAUAAAAUGACACCGGGCACAACAAUCAGAGGUCCUGUAAUUCUAGCAGAUAAAACACAAACGAACAUUGUUCCAGAUAAUGCGGAAGCAGUAAUUCUAAAGUCUCAUAUUCUGAUUAGACUGUUGAAUAAAUCAGUUAUAUCAGAAAAGAAUGACGGAAAAAGUACUGACCCUAUCCUACUAUCUAUUUUUGGUCAUAGGUUCAUGGAUAUUGCCGAACAGAUGGGAACACAGUUAAGGAAGACAUCUGUAUCAACGAAUGUUAAGGAAAGGCUAGAUUUUUCAUGUGCAUUGUUUGACCCAGAGGGAAAUCUGGUAGCUAAUGCCCCUCAUGUCCCGGUUCAUUUGGGCUCAAUGUCAACGUGUAUUAUGGCACAGGCGAAACUAUGGAAAGGUAAACUGAAACCGGGAAGUGUUUUAUUUACUAAUCACCCUGAUGUUGGGGGUACCCAUUUACCUGAUAUAACUGUAAUAACUCCUGCAUUUUCAAAUACUGGUGACAUAUUGUUCUAUGUUGCAUCCAGAGCACACCAUGCCGACAUUGGUGGUAUACUUCCUGGUUCAGUUCCACCGGAUUCUAAAGAGCUUUACGAAGAAGGUGCUGCAAUAUACUCCGAAUUCUUAGUAAAGGAUGGAAUAUUCCAGGAAGAAUUGGUCUAUGAUUUGUUUGUGACUAAACCUGCACAAUAUCCAGGAUGUUCGGGUGCAAGAAGAAUCUCUGACAAUAUUAGUGAUUUGAAAGCACAAGUUGCAGCCAAUACAAAAGGUAUACAGUUAAUUAAUUCUUUAGUAGAGGAGUACAAAUAUCCCAUGAUUCUAAAAUAUAUGAAUGCUAUCCAAUUAAAUGCAUCUACUACAAUUAGGAAGAUGUUGGGUAAACUUGUUAAACAUUUUGGAACGACCAAAUUUUCUGGACAUGAUUAUAUGGACGAUGGUUCAAGAAUAGUUUUAAAUGUCGAUUUAAAUAUUGCAAAUGAAGAGUACAUUUUCGAUUUCACUGGUACGUCUCCACAAAUUUAUGGUAACACUAAUGCACCGAAGGCAAUUACCAAUUCUGCUAUACUAUUCUCUUUAAGGUGCUUGGUGGGGGAAGAAAUUCCGUUAAACCAAGGUUGUUUGAGCCCCAUUACCAUAAUUAUCCCGGAAGGGUCUAUCCUAAGCCCCUGUAAUGGAGUUGCUGUUGUGGGUGGAAAUGUCUUGACAUCCCAACGUGUCACUGAUGUAAUCCUAAAGACUUUGAACAUUCAAGCUGAUUCACAAGGUGAUUGUAACAACUUUACAUUUGGGACAGGUGGUGGUGUUGACAAAGUGACAGGUAAGAAAUACGAAGGUUUUGGGUACUAUGAAACAAUUUGUGGUGGUUCUGGGGCCGGAUGUGAUUCAUGGAGAGGUCCAGGUUGGAAUGGUACUAGUGCAGUACACACAAAUAUGACCAAUACGCGUAUGACAGAUACGGAGGUCCUAGAGAGACGAUACCCUGUCAUCCUCAAACAGUUCUGUAUCCGUGAGAAUUCUGGUGGUCAAGGUAAAUACACUGGUGGCAAUGGUGUAAUAAGAGAUGUUGAAUUCCGAUUACCUAUGAAGGCAUCUAUCUUAUCAGAGAGACGUGUUACCGCACCUCAUGGCCUAGAAGGAGGUGAAGAUGGUCAAAGGGGAGAAAAUACUUGGUUCAGAAGUGACAUUAAUGCUACAAUUAAUAUUACCGGUAAAAAUACGAUAAAUGUAAGUAUUGGUGAUAGGGUGAUAAUCAAGACUCCCGGUGGUGGUGGAUUUGGGCUUUACUGA